AUGGAAUUUGCAUGCAAGUCAUGGAGGAAGAAAAAUUGAAGAAAAAGAAGAUGCGAAUGCAAUAAGAUUUUGGAUCUAUAUAAUAUUGGGGUGGAAGAUUAUGAAAGAAGUUUAGGACGAAGAAAUCAAGUCUUAAAUGAAAUAGAAUUGAAUUUGAAGAAAAAAGCCGAAAAUGUGAAGUAUGGACAGAAUUUUUUAGAUGAAAAUAAUUGGAGUUGAAGGGGAAGAAAAAAGAAGAAGAAGAAUUUGGAAAAUAUUAGUCCUCUAAAGGGCGAUAACCGUUAA